AUGGCUUUAGUUAUUCAUAAUGCUCCGUCUUUGGAGAACCCUUUUGCCUGGGAUAUGGUGGAUGAUAAUCUUACGGCUUUUUACGAGCCGUAUGAUGAGCUUCAAAACCUAACCGCCUUUUUAUUUGCUAAUUAUUUCAUAACGUCGGUUGGCGGCGGAAUUGUAUCAUUUUUGAUGCUUUACUUGGUCCUGUUCAAAACUUCUGGCCCUCUGAAGCAGUACCGAAAUAUGCUCUUUAUUUGCUGCAUUACCGACUUAACCUAUUGGGCGGGCGACAAUUUUAUGUGGAUGGUAAAUACAACUUUCGUCGUUAUACAAAUCAAAUUUAGAAGGUGAAGGAGAAAGACGGAGUCUUUAUUCUGAAAAUGGAAGGGCUAGCAGGUCAACUGAGCUUUACUUAUCGAUCGUUCACUAUGGCAUUUUUUGCGUGGUCAUCUUGCUUUUUGAAUGCGAUGUUGCCGGUUCAAUUUUACUUUCGCUAUUACUCUUUGACAACGUUUGCCUUUUACUGUCCUUCGCUUACACUGUUUUGCUUUCAGAAACAUUGUUUUAUCGGCUUCACAAACUCUUGGUCUUUGUUGCGUAACGUUGGUUCUCACAUUACCAACAUUUUUCUUUACCUACGCCAGCUUCACCUCCUCGCCAAACGAGCGGCCUGGCUUCAAUUACGGACAGUUAUGGUAUCAAGAAUUUCCAUUGCCUCCACUGUUGUUUGGAGAUGUGGUAGGUGACCCUUUGACAGCUUGAACUGCCAAAGUUGAUGCUGCGUCAACUUUGCAAUCGUAAGCAGCAAAUCGCAAGAAUACGAAAGAAAAUUUGUUAUGGAAUCGUUGCACUAUCCAGAUUCCUUCUGGAAUGAAAUUAAUUUUGGUAAGCCCAUUUUUCAGCGCUCAAUCUACCAAAAAGGAUUCUUUUUUUGGGCCGGAAUGAGCAUUGCCGGUUCAUAUCUCUUAAUGAUUCACAUCGGUCGUAAAACCCUGCAAUUUACAAGUAAAAUGGACGCUUCUUAUUCCGAGAGGACAAGGCGACUUCAGAGACAACUCACAAAUUUUAUGUUUGUUCAGGUAUUCAGUAAAACUAAACGGCCCUAAAAAUAAAUUGAUUGCUUUUAGGCAACAAUUCCUUUGUUCGUAUCGGUGAUUCCCUCUCUUACGAUUGUAAUCCCGGCCUUCCUUUACAUAGACACUGGUAGGAUAUGUUGCUACUGUGUAUUGGCGACCAGUUGGAUCCCUGUACUCAACCCUAUCAUCACUAUUGUGGUGAUUGUUCCCUUCCGGCGAGCUGUCUGUGGAGCGUUCCAGAAAAAAUCAGUGGUCAAUAGUACUACUUCCAAUCCGUCGCUUACGGCCAUACCGUAA